ACUAACUUUGUAGUUCAGCUGUGGGGGCCGCUGUGACAUUCUGCUCUGCGCUGCGGGCAGGCCAAAGCCUCUGGUCUAGACGAGAGGGCAGUGUGCUGAAGCCAUCGCGGCCGACAGAGCCAGCAGAGCGUCCGGAUGGAGGGAGCCACGACCCCAGAUGCCGCCUCUCCAGGCCCUCUGGCCCUCCUAGGCCUUCUUUUUGCAGCCACCUUGCUGUUCCCGGCCCUGUUCCUCCUCACUCGGCGCACCAGGCGCCCUCGUGAACCUCCCUUGAUAAAAGGUUGGCUUCCUUAUCUUGGCAUGGCCCUGAAAUUCUGGAAGGAUCCAUUAACUUUCUUGCAAACUCUUCAAAAGCAACAUGGUGACACUUUCACUGUCUUGCUUGGGGGGAAGUAUAUAACAUUUGUUCUGAACCCUUUCCAGUACCAGUAUGUAAUGAAAAACCCCAAACAAUUAAGCUUUGAUAAGUUCAGCAGACGAUUAUCAGCGAAAGCCUUCUCUGUCAAGAAGCUGCUAACUGAUGAUGACCUUAAUGAAGACAUUCACAGAGGCUAUCUACUUUUACAAGGCAAACCUUUGGACAGUCUUCUGGAAACCAUGAUCCAAGAAGUAAAAGAAAUAUUUGAGUCCCAACUGCUAAAAACCACAGAUUGGAAUACGGAAAGAAUAUUUGUGUUCUGUAGCUCAUUGGUAUUUGAGGUCACAUUUACAACUAUAUAUGGAAAAAUUCUUGGUGGUAACAAGAAACAAAUUAUCAGUGAGCUAAGGGAUGAUUUUUUAAAAUUUGAUGACAUUUUUCCAUACUUAGUAUCUGACAUACCUAUUCAGCUUCUAAGAAAUGCAGAAUCUAUGCAGAAGAAAAUUAUAAAAUGCCUCACAUCAGAAAAAGUAGCUCAGAUGCAAGGACGGUCAGAAAUUGUUCAGGAGAGGCAAGAUAUGCUGAAAAAAUACUAUAGGCAUGAAGACUUUGAAAUAGGAGCACAUCAUCUUGGCCUUCUCUGGGCCUCUCUAGCCAACACCAUUCCAGCUAUGUUCUGGGCAAUGUAUUAUAUUCUUCAGCAUCCAGAAGCUAUGGGAGCCCUACGUGACGAAAUUGACAGCUUUCUGCAGUCAACAGGUCAAAAGAAAGGACCUGGAAUUUCUGUCCACUUCACCAGAGAACAAUUGGACAGUUUGGUCUGCCUGGAAAGCACUAUUCUUGAGGUUCUGAGGCUGUGCUCAUACUCCAGCAUCAUCCGGGAAGUACAAGAGGAUAUGGAUUUCAGCUCAGAGAGUAGGAGCUACUCUCUGCGGAAAGGAGACUUUGUAGCUGUCUUUCCUCCAAUGAUACACAAUGACCCAGAAGUCUUCGAUGCUCCACAGGAAUUUAGGUUUGAUCGCUUCUUAGAAGAUGGUAAGAAGAAAACCACAUUUUUCAAAGAAGGAAAGAAGCUGAAGACUUACGUUAUACCAUUUGGACUUGGAAUAAGCAAAUGUCCAGGCAGAUAUUUUGCAAUUAAUGAAAUGAAGCUACUACUGAUUAUAUUUUUAACUUAUUUUGAUUUAGAAAUAAUUGACAGGAAGCCUAUAGGACUGAACCACAAUCGUAUGUUUUUAGGUGUUCAGCAUCCCAAUUCUGAUAUCUCAUUUAGGUACAAGGCAAAAUCAUGGAGAAGCUGAAAGUGGCAGAGAAGCUGAGCAGAGAGGCUGCACUGCUGAACUCUAUGAUUUGUUGCACUCCCCUAAACGCAACCACUACUCUUGUUUGUUUGAAAAUGGCAAAUUUAUAUUUGAUUGCAAUGAAUCCAGUUUGUUUUGGGUCACAAAACCUGUCAUAAAAUAGAGCAGCGUGAUGGUGUAAAAAAAUGUCAUGGCAAUCAUUUCAGGAUAAGGUAAAAUAAUGUUUUCAAGUUUGUACUUACUAUGAUUUUUAUCAUUUGUAGUGAAUGUACUUUUCCAGUAAUAAAUUUAACCCAGGGUUAUUUUUUUAAGUUACUGAAAUUCUCUAAUAUGGUUUUAUGUACUGCUGGAAAAUUGUGCCAUCGAUGGACAGUCUAACAAUUUCCAGUUUUCCAGAGAAGGGGGAAAUUAAAUCCCAUGCGUUACACUGUAUGAAAUUGUUCCCUUCAAGUAUAAUAACAAUAAUGUCUACAUCACCAGGGUACCUUUGCAUUAAAUGAGUUUUGCAAAAGAUUAAAUGUUCCAACUUCCCUUCAAUAUUUAAUCAUCCAUAAAUGCUCUUUAUAACUUUGUAUUCUACAGCUCAAUAGAACACAUUUAAUUGUUGUGUAAGAUGGCUCAUGUUCAAGUUAGAUACUGUUAAAUUGUAAUGUAUAGAAAACACAAGGCCUAUUAUAGAGUUAGUAGUUACCCUAGACAAUACUAUUAGGCUUACUGUGGAGAUAAAUGUUGAAGUUAUAAUGCCAUUGACGGUAGUAUUGGUCUGUAGUGUAAUCUGUGUUAUAUGAAUGUUUCCAUUUAUAUAAAUUGAGAAAUUAGGUAGAAUUAUUUAUCCACAGCCGUUUGGACUUGAAGGUUACUUUAUUUUUUAAGCUAUCAAAUUAAACUAUAUAAAAUAGUUUUAUCAGCCUGUAUUGAUUAGUAAAAGAUUUCUACUACCAAAUACCCCAGUGACUGACAUUUGACAUAAGUGGUGAUACAAAAUGUAAACUCACAGGCUAAAUAAUUAAACCAAAUUAAUUCAUUCUGUAUUAAUUAGAAAUUCUAAUGCUUUGGAAAUUUUUUAUUGUUAUUAUAAAGGAGAUUGGUUUAAAACAGCAUUCUAAAAUACUUACCAUACUAGGUAAUAUAACAUGGUAGCAUUUCUUUUCUCCUUCCUAGAGCACAGCUUCUAUGUAUGCUGUCCACAUGAAGGUCUACUGGCAUGAACUCUAGUUUUGCUUUAAUAGAGUUGUCUUUAUUCUCCAUGUCAUUCGUUUUUUUAAAAAAAAAUGCAAAAAUGACCAUUUAUAAUUAUAUAAAUUUACAGAAUACAAAGGGAGGUUAUGACUCACAAAAAAGAUGUCAAAUGAUUAAACCAACCCAGAUUAUUGAAUCAAACCACCUUUGUUAUAAGGUCAUUUGAGAUUUAUCCUCGUAGCAACUUUUGACCAUACAAUGCUCUAUUGUUAACUAUAUUCACAAAGAAAUGUGCUAAAGCCUCUUCUCACACACACCUCCAAACGACCAUCUUCAACCUGUCUGAGAUUUUGUGCCUUUUGGUUAUUUGCUCUACACUUUCCUCAGCCUCUGUAAUCAUCUUUCACUCUGUGCUUUAGUAAAUUGGAUUAUUUUGGAUUUCAUAUA